AUGGCAUCUACUUCUACCCCUGCUGAUCAACCAGAUAGAGAGUCUGCAAACACAUCACAAGGAACUGCACCCUCUUCAUCGACAUCUGUAAUAAUACCAUCACCCACAUGUCUCUGGUCAUCCUGCUUUGACUGGGUUUCUUCCUUUAUUCCUUGGCGUUCAGGUCAAUCCAAUUCCAUGCCGUCUACUUCCAUCCCCGAUCGUAUACAGGAGAAUGAGGUUAUGGGUGCAUCUGAAGGAAUCGCACCAUAUGCAUCUACGUCUACCAGUGAUUGUAUACCAGAGAAUGAGGUUAUGGAUGUUCCUGAGAGAAUCUCAAUAUAUGUAUCUACUUCUACCACUGAUUGUAUAUCAGAGAAUAAGGUUACGGGUGCUUUUCAUGGAAUUGCACCAUCUAUAUCUACUUCUGCCUCAACACUCAUGCAAAAGACGUGCUACGACGUGUUCAUCAAUCAUCGUGGAGCAGAUGUCAAACACACGCUAGCUAGCAGUAUCUAUAAUAUCCUCAAGAAUAUGAAGCUGAUGGUUUUUCUGGAUUCAGAGGAGUUGGAAUAUGGCGAUUUCUUUCCGACCACGCUGGAAGCAGCAAUGCGCAGUGCCCCGCUUCAUAUAGCAAUUUUUUCUGAGAAUUAUGCAAAAUCGUCCUGGUGUUUGGCAGAAUUGUCAUAUAUGCUUAAAGUUGGCGCUAAAAUUAUUCCUGUUUUCUAUCAUGUAGAGCCGACAGAUCUCAGAUGGGUAGCUCAAGGGAAAGGAGUGUAUGCUAAGGCAUUUAAGGGGCACGAGCAGAAGGGAAGAUACAGCCUGGAACAACUUCAGGAGUGGAAGAGGGCACUCUACAACAUCUCAUUCUACAACGGCCAAAUCAUUAGAACUAAUGAUGAUGAGAUGAGGCUGCUAAAGAAUAUUGUGAAUUGUGCUUUGAAACAAAUAACGAACGUGCCAUUGGUGGUUGCAAAACAUCCAGUCGGUCUGAAAGAAAUAGUGCAAGAUUUUGAGGUGAAUACACUCCAGUCUGCUCAGGGUGAUCAACUUGUACAAAUUGUGGGAAUUUGUGGCAUGGGUGGUUCUGGGAAAACUACCCUCGCAAAAGAGUUGUACAAUAAAAUAUCUUCUUCGAUGGUGGGGUCCAGUAUUGUGUUUGAAGUUCGAGAUGCUGCAGCCAAAGGUUUGUUGCAUGAGAAACAAAAAAAACUUCUCAACAAUCUUGGGAUCAAAGGCAAAGCAUUUGACAAUAUUGAGGAAGGUAUGGGAAAUCUUUCAAGAUGUUUAACGUCUGUCAGAGUGUUGAUUGUUCUUGAUGAUGUGGAUAAUGGGGAGCAAUUGGAUGCUUUGUUGCCUGCAAAAGACAAUCUAGAAAGAGGUAGUAUCAUCAUUGUUACCACACGGGCAUAUGACGUUCUUAAAUGUUGGGGCAUCUCUUCUGUAUAUAAAAUGAGACCAUUAAGUCUAUUAUAUGCAACGCAGCUUUUUUGUUGGCAUGCCUUUUUACAAUCUUUUCCCCCUGAUGGAUUUGAGAAGCUUGUAAAAAGGUUUUUAAAGGCUUGUCAAGGAUUACCUCUUUCUCUUAAGGUAUCCGGAGGACAGCUGUAUGGAGAGUCCCGCAAAGAAUAUUGGGAGUCUUUGCUACAUAAUAUCUCAAGGAUAUUGCCUCAUGAUAUAAAAAAGAAACUUAAAGUAAGUUACGAUGGCCUUAGUUGUGAAGAGAAACAGAUGUUUCUCGAUAGUGCAUGUUUCUUCAUUGGAGAAAAGAGUAGUUUGGCAAUUCAAAUAUGGAAUGGAUUGGGAUGGAGUGGUUUGUAUAGUUGGGAAAAACUCUUAAAUAAGUGUUUGGUUGAAAUUGACAAUAGAAAUUGCAUUAAAAUGCAUGACCACUUAAGAGAUUUGGGUAGAGAAAUUGCAAAUAAAGACUCACCCUAUCGACUUUGGCUUCCACAGCAGAUUAUUGAUGUUGAAAAAUAUGAAGAGAAUAGAAUCCGCAUUCAAGGGAUAAUGGCGACCUCAACUCAAAUACGGUGGAGUUAUUAUACGGAAGAUGAGACCUUUCCAGCAAUGGUCGAAAAAGUCGGUGAGAUUGAUGACUCCCACAUUUCCUGCUCAAACGGAAACCUCAUGGUUAACACAAAUAGAGGAAUUUGGUCACUCGCACCCUCUUUAGUUGGACUAAAAAUUUUUGUUACAAGUGGGAAUUAUUUUAAUCAAGUGAUCGGUCAAGUAUCAGGAGAAUUGAUCUGGCUUCGCUGGUUCCAAAUAGGACAGCGAAAUCUUCCAUCAGGUCUUGUAUGGAAGAAAUUGAGGGUUUUAGAGCUCUACGAAGAUUGGAUCUCUUCUGCGGAACAUCACAUAGAAGAGCUGUGGCGGGAGACUGAGAGUGAGGCUCCUAUGCAGUUAAGAGAGUUGCGUGUUUCUGGAUGCUACAAGUUCCAACGGUUUCCAAAGUCAAUAGGGCGUCUCAAUCAUCUGGAAAAGAUAGUAAUCAUAAAGGGCUACAAUGAUACGACUCUGCCAGAUGAAUUUUGUCUUCUCCCAUCUCUGGAACACCUAGUGUUAUAUCAGUGUGAAAUGCUAUCAUCACUGCCCAGCAAUUUCGGUAAUUUGAGAAAUCUAAGGCAUCUAAAUUUAUCCUGUUGCGCCAAGUUGAGGAGGUUUCCGGAUUCUUUUAAGAGUCUAAUGCUCUUGGAAUAUCUCAAUUUAGAGCAGUGUAGUCAACUCACAUUCACGUUAGAUGACUUAAACAUUCUGGAAAACAUGACAAAUCUUGGGUUCUUAAGUGUUUCUAAGUGCAAGCAAUUGAAAGAGUUGCCUUUCCACAUUACAAAUCAGGUGUUCUUAAGAGAGCUCUAUUUAGAGGGUACCAGUUUGAGGAAGCUGCCAGUUAACAUCUGUGAGCUCAGCGGGUUGAGAAAGAUCAGGAUAGGGAGCCUAUUGUUGACAAGCUUGCCGACCUCUCUUGCAGAUUUGUCUUUCUUGACGGAUCUUUCAAUUGAAGGUUGUCCUCAGCUGGAACGUUUGCCUGACUCUCUAGGAGGUUUGUCUUCUUUGACAAAUCUUUCAAUUCAAGGAUGUUCGGAGGUGGAAUAUCUACCUGACUCUCUUAAAGAUUUGUCUUCCUUAACGAAUCUUUCAAUUUCUCGUUGUCAUAAGUUGGAAUGUCUACCUGCGUCUCUUGGAAAUCUUACUUCCUUAAUGUAUCUUUCAAUUCAAAAUUGUCUCAAGCUGGAACGUCUUCCUGACUCUCUUGAAGGUUUGUCUUCCUUGACGCAUCUUUCAAUUUAUAGCUGUCCUAAGCUCGGCUGUCUGCCUGACUCUCUAGGGCAUCUUAAUCUGUUAAAGAGUUUGAAUUUAGUAAAUUCAGGAGUGAAAUCUCUAUCAAAAUCAAUUAGACAACUGAAUAAUCUUGAAAUUUUUGAGAUAGAAAAUUGCCCAAUCAGCGAUUUGGAUUUUCGGACGGGGUCAUUACCUGUUGCCUUCAACAACUUGAGGUUUAUACAUCUACAAGGAACAGAAGUUUACACCAUUUCAAUUUCUGAAGACUGUUGUCCCCGCUUGAAGGAUCUCAGGAUUUGUUAUUGUCAGCAUUUAAAGGAGAUCGAAGCACUGCCAAGGACAGUUGAGUCAAUAUAUUUGAAAAAAUGUGAAAAGCUGGAGAGCAUUCCUAAUUUUGAACAAUUAAUCUCCCUCAGACGAUUUAGUCUAAGAGGCUGCUACCGAAUAAAGAAAAUUGAAGGUAUCGAAAAUUGUAAAAGUUUGAAAGGCUUGACAGUAGACAACUGCUGGGAGGUGCCUUGUAUAGAAAGCUUGAAACACAUGGAGAAAUUAAGGCAGGUUAAUCUCAGAGCAAACAAGGGAUCAGCUAUUGUUGGGUGCAUUCAAACCAUACAGAAUUUCCUUGUCGUUGAGUCCUUCUCUGACCAGAAAAUUCAAUCCAGGCCAAAACUGGUGCACAAGUGUCCCUCCGAUGGUCAUGCCUUUCUGUUCUGUUUUGUUAUAGUUUGUGUUUCUUCAAAAAUGAGACUGAGGAUGCACGGUCGUGACAGCCGGGGUGAGGUCUCUAACCGUCUAUCCAAGCUUGAAAAGGGUAGAUGGGUAUGGAUUGGUGUCUUCUCACAACGUUCCAUGGACUUUCUCUUCCCUAGCGAUGAGUUGUCGAUAGAUGGAGGAGACUGCAGAGAGGACGACCGAGUGGAGAAAGGUUGGGUCGUGAGGGGGCAAGAGCAAACACUACUGGAGGCAUUUCGCUGCAUGUUACCGCUUUUACAGAGUUGA